AUGAAACCAAGAAAGAAGCCGAGCUCCACAAGAACACGGCCAACCGCCUCCGGCUCGAGGCUGAGGAGCGAUAAAGAGAUGGGCUUCGUUAGCUACAUCAACCUGGCCGAGGACGAACCGGCUGCAGCCCAGUGUGAGAAUCGGGCGGUCAACGCCACCAAUGCUGCUGCAGGCAUCGCCUGUGAAGAAAACUCCCUCCUAAAAGACUAUGUCACAGAGAAAGGUGAGUGCCUUCAUUUCCUCGCUCGGGAGAACAAGCAGCUGUUGCUUUACCCUGAAUUUCUAUUCUUCUUUUUACUGAUGGUUGGCUCUUUAUCCAACAUCGGCUUUGAGAUUUUAGCUCAGAUUGGAAAGCAUGGAGCCUCCAUUGCCAUAAUGUGCCAUCGCAAGGCUGUCAUAGAUGACGCCGUUUCAGCCCUCAAAUUCCUCCACAUCCCAUUCAACAAAGAGUCUGGAAACCAAGUCGAUGAAUGCAAGUUGAAAGUUGUGUAUGUAGCCUGUCCGGGAAGUGUCGAAAGAGGGUUCACCUCCAAGGGCCUCUGUAUCGGACAAUGGAAACAUGAAGUGAACCUCUGA